UGGUCAUUUUAUUUGAGUGCCUUAUUUAGUAUCGCGUGAUAAAUGGUAAAUACUUUUCAAUGCGUCUAAUCAAUAUUGUAAACUGGCUAUAGCCAUUUAAUCAUGGAUUUGCUGAAGUAAAACCUAUACGGGAUAUCCUUCGGCGGCACAAAAUCUAGAUUGAACACAAUUGUAAACUUAAACAAACAACAUGGAUAAAACAUUCUUCGGGCUUUUGAUUAUGUAUACAUGUACAGGUACAGUCCUCUGUGGAGAAUACUGUUUCACGGCGAUCUCACCUGUUGAAUACUGUCCGAAACUCUGCUGCGAUCAGUCAUAUAGCUACUAUGAUUAUUGCUGCACGUCACAGGAGUUCAAUUACAGCUACAUCGCCCCUAUUAUCAUCGGUGCGGUCAUUUUCAUCGCUGUCAUCGUCACUGUCUGUGUGUGCUGCUGUGUCAAGAGCGCAAAUGGCAUGACGCGUUAUCAGUCUUGGUCAACCAGGCGCGUGGGGGGAACAGCAAUAGCGGUGGCGGUUAAUCAACAGUCUGCGAUGAACAACUUGUAUUACCCAAAUCAACAGUACCAACAAGCUUAUCCCAUGUACCAGCAACCGUACCCCACGGGCCAACAACCCUACCCCACGGGUCAACAACCAUACGGCUUAGGUCCACAGUUCGGCGUACCUCAAGCCCCCAUGAACGCCGGACCUCAUCCUGCCAUGCAGCCGGGCGAUGCUCAGCCGGCCUAUCCCCCUCCGUCAUCGAUUAGCCUCUUCCAGGGACCUUAGGAUCCAAGCUGUCCGCCGCAAUGCUUAAUGUAUAGGGUCAGCCCCAAAGAGUUUUUGCAGUGAGAACAGAAUACCAUUUUUGGCGAUGGCGAAAUGGGAUAUGUUUUGUUUUUGUUUCUAUAUUUAUAUGGUUGGGAAAAAAUAUCGCUUCAUGCACGUGAACAGUUUAUAUUGUUGGGAUAUAUGUCCCUUCGGAUACAAUUUCUGGAGUAAUUGUAUUCCUGUAUUCUCACAUUGUUAUUUAUAUAAUAUUAACACACAUAAAUGUUUGAAUUAUCGUUGGUUUGACGAUUCUGAAACGUGACAUUUUUUGUAUUUGUAUUGUCUCUAUGGUUUGAAAAUCAUUCCGCUAAUCUCAGGUAAACAAUUCAUUUUGUUUAGGAUGUUAAUAAUUUUAUUUUAAUAUGGAUUAUUAUUGAUAGUAACGUUUUUAUGUAAAGAGACAGGUUGUAUUUGAUUUUAUAUACAAACAAUCGGAAGUGAAAACUAAUUUUUUAGAAAUUGGACCAGCAACGAAAGGGAAAGGUGUUGAAUCCUCUAGAUUGGAUUUUAAUAUUAUCUUUUUAAUCUUAUCCUGUAAUGCCAAAUGAAAUUGUUCUUAUAUCAUUUGUUGUUAUAUAUGUAUAUUCCAUUAUACCAGUGUUUUGGCAAUAAAAGCGAUCGAUUUUGGAUAUCUAAAUAUCCGGAUUGAUUUAGUGUACGCUAUUCAAAGCACUUAAUAAGAGAAAGGCCAAAGACAUGCUACUUAAACAUAACAAUAUAUGCUUAUAUACUUAAUAUACGACAAAGUUAAUGAUCAUAUUAAAGGUACAGCUUCAGGAAUUAAAGUAGCCUCUACACAUGUGCAUUUAAUUAAGAGCUAGUUAAACCAUUUAAAACGAAAAUUAUUGAACGAUAUUAAAAAGAAAUAUGAUGACAAUUUUUAUUCUGCUAUAAGAUAACUUAAGGGAAAGAUAUUAUAUGAAUGCUUUACAUUUUUGAUGUUCAAUCAAACUGGACAUCAAUAUAUCGUAAAUAUUUAUUACCUGACAUUGAAAUAAAGAAUAAAAACAA